AUGCUACCCCGCAUCGUUUUCCUUUGCUCAUUUUUCACUGCUGCUUGUUUCCAAGACAUCCAGCCCUCCAAGGCAUUUCUGAGUGAAUCCUGUGACUCAUUGUGUACUUGUGAAGAAAAAGAUGGCAUCCUGUAUCUUAACUGUGAGGAGAGAAAUAUCAGCAAGAUCUCCCAAAUCAAAGUGCCGUCAGCUCUACCUUUCCACCUCAAUCUGUACAAAAACGACUUGGUGGAGUUGCAUGCAGAAGACUUGGAAGGUUUAAAGAAUGCCGUUUCACUUCAUCUCGGGGCUAAUAGCAUACAAGAGCUUGAACCUGGGGUCUUUAGUGCACUGGGCUCCUUGAAGAAGCUCCACAUCAACAGUAAUUUCCUGGUCAUGUUGAAGGAAGACACUUUUCACGGCUUGGUAAAUUUGGAGUUUCUCCAGGCGGACACAAACUUCAUCCGUGUGGUCGAGCCGGGGGCAUUCAGCAAACUCAUCCGCCUCAAAGUUCUGAUCCUCAACGACAACGCCAUCGAGUUUCUUCCCAGCAAUAUUUUCCGGUUUGUUCCGCUCACCCACUUGGACCUGCGGGGGAACCAGUUACAGACCCUGCCUUACGUUGGCUUCCUGGAGCACAUUGGGCGGAUCAUGGAGCUUCUUCUGGAGGACAACGACUGGAUGUGCGAUUGUGAGAUCCUUCACCUGAAGAUCUGGAUGGAGAACAUGCGGGCCCAGUCGGCCAUUGGGGAGGUGGUCUGCAGCAGCCCCCACCAGCUCAGGGGCACCAUCCUAGCCAAAAUCAAACGGGAUGUUCUCUGCCCCUCUCACGCUGAUAUCAACUUAGAGGAGCCUUCCAAGUCACUGGACAUGGUGGUCACUCCGUCUUCCAAAGUGGCAGAGAUUCCGAAGUUAGAGGGCGCCAAGGAUGACGUAAAGAUUCCGACACCUGCUUAUGUUCCAGGGAGUCCUUGUGUGGAACACUGUUCUUGUCACAGUCACCCUGUGGCUGGGUUUUUAAUGCAUUGUCAGGACAGAGGGAUUCAACGUAUUUCAGAUAUUGGAAUACUUGGGCAAAGCCCUACCAAGCUGGUGCUCACAGGAAACAUGAUUCAGAGACUGUUGAAAUAUGACUUUGUCACAUAUGACGGUUUGGAGUUAUUGAAUUUAGCCAACAAUCGAAUUGAUUACAUUGACAAUGAAACUUUUCUCAGCUUAAGCAAUUUGAAAAAACUUUAUCUCAACGGCAACAGAAUUGAAACCCUUUCCGCGACCAUGUUCAUUGGACUCCACAACCUUGAAUACCUAUAUUUGGAAUAUAACAUUAUCAAAGAAAUUGUUCCAGGAGCUUUUAAUCCUUUGCCAAAUCUCAAACUCUUGUCUUUGAAUAACAAUCUGCUGACUAGUCUCCCAUUGCAGAUAUUUCGCAACAUGCCCCUCACCAAACUGAACCUGAGAAAAAAUCUGCUCAUGCACCUGCCUGUUAGCAACGUGCUGGACCAGCUUGACUCUUUAGAGCAGAUUUAUUUAGAGGACAACCCCUGGGACUGCAGCUGUGACUUAAUCAGUCUCAAACAGUGGGUUGAGAAGCUGAGGAAGGACACAGUCGUAGGUUCCAUUUUGUGUCACACACCGAGAAAAGUGGCGAAAGCUGAGCUGAGGGCCCUCAGAAACGAGUUGCUGUGCCGCGGCCUAGUGACCUACUCCUUGCCCACGGAUGAGGACGAGACAACCACAGUGUCGACUGACGGCACUAGGAGCGGUUUCUUCAGCUCAAUCACGGACUCAGUUCCGCUCUCCGUUCUGAUCCUUAGCUUGCUCGUCAUCUUCCUCAUGGUCAUCUUCUGUUCAGCAGGGAUCGUGGCAUUCCUCGUGCACAGACGGCGAAGGAGGGUGAAGAAGAAACAGGCGGAGGAGCAGCCGCGGGAGAGCAGCAGCCCCAUCCACCUGCAAUACAGCAUGUACGGCCAGAAAACCACACACCACACACUGGGGCAGAGGACCGGAAGCACCGUGUACGACGAGCGCUCACACAGCCCCAUCGUCCAGAUCUGCCGCAACCCCACCUACUGCACUCAGCAUAAAGAAUAUGAGUCCGACCUCAAUGAACUGGACGAACCAAAGCACAUCUGUCGUAGCAUCAUGGAGACAGAGAAUACUUCCCCUCUCACAGGCUCUAAUUUGAAGUUCAGAGCUGUGACGUCCGACUGCCCAACUGAGUUCGUAACACUCGGAGAUGCGAGCUCCCUCUAUAAAAACAUACUAGAGAGGGAGAGGGUUAGGGAGCUGCAGCAGCUCGGAAUUACUGAAUACCUCCGGAAAAACAUGUCCCAGCUGCAACCAACGGUAGAGAUGCAGGUCCCAGGAUCAGGACACCACGAGGAACUGAAAUUAAUGGAGACUAUUAUGUUGUCGAGACCACGGAAGGUCAUGGUGGAACAAAUGCAAAAUGAGUACUUUGAACUCAAAGCUAACCUACACACCGAGCCAGAUUAUUUGGAGGUUCUGGAGCAUCAAACUGCAUUUAACUGAUAGAAGAAGACAAUUCAUGGUUUUAUAUUCAACUCCAGAAGUGCCUUGUUCAAAACUGCCAUCUUAUGU